UCUGGACGCGUGGUUUCCCCUAACAGUGUUGCCAUGACGCCGGUAUACACUUCGGCUCGUGACUUCACUUCGGUUCCCUGAGGAUUUAGACUGUCGAGUUAUGUAAACAUUGUUACUUUAAAUCGAGAGAAUUUCAUUCCGACAAAUGACACGUAUCAAGAGAAAAUAUAUGCAUGCGAAAUAUAAACUAAGCGACACCUAUAUGACUGCUGAAGUUUAUAUGUGUAUUCUCUGAAGCUUAAAAUGAAGGGUUACCUUAAAACUUUAAACUGGAUAUUUAAACUCCAACCCAAGAGCACUACGGUGGGAAAACACAGGGAUUCAGAUCUAUGCCUCCAGAAUAGUGGUGUUGAUGAGCACCAUGCGAUUAUUGAAUGGAAUGAGAUGGAGCACUGCUAUGUUCUUAAUGACCUGAACUCUGCCCAUGGAACUUAUGUCAAUGAUUGUUGCAUACACAAUGCAGCAGUGCGUCUUACACCAGGGGAUGAGAUUCACUUUGGUUAUGGAGGCUCAACUUACAAGCUCUUUGUGGAUCCUGCAAACCCACUCCCUGUUAUGCCAAUCCAGUCUGUGGCUUCUCCAGUUGGAGUAAGGAGUCAUGCACUGCCCUCUUCUGUUACUCCUCAUCCUCCUCGCAGGCCUCGUCCUGCAAGUGCAGGAGCUAAACGCAGCAGUUUGGGUACAAAUGUCCCAGAGUACAAUGGCGCCUAUCAUAGACCAGGAAGCUUGGCCAGCAGCAUAGGAAGAGGACUGAUUUUUAGAAAUGUAAGCAUGUCCCAGAGCUCUCAGAGCAUGCAGGACCACUUACAGGGCAAGGAAGAAAGCUGGAUGAGAUGUAGGGAGGACCAGAGUCGUGUUCUUGCAUCACAGAGUGAAGCUCAAAGGAAGGAGUGCAUGAUCUCAGCUCUGAGGGAAGAGGUGUCAGCGCUCCGAUUGCAGGUCUCUCAGAGCAACCAGAAUGACCCAGACAUCAGACACAAGCUGCGUACACUCACCAGAGAUAUCCAGGAAAAAAAAGAAGAGAUCCAACAACUAAAAGAUCAGAUGCUGGAGAUGCAGGCAAGAACUGGUGAGCUAAGUUCUCAGGCUGUAGCAGAGAGAGAUCAGAGGAUCAGCAGUCUCAAAAAACAGCUGGAUAAACUAAAGAGCGAAAACAGCAAGUCAGCAGCAAUGAUCAGCAGUGUACAGAAGGAUUUGUUGGCUCGGGAGAAACAGGCAUUAAAACUGGCUGCUGAAGUUGACAGUCUCAGAAAAGAUGCAAGACACAAGGAUGCUCAGCUUAGUAACAUGGCUAAUAAGCUGUCAAAGCUGAAAGAGAUUGAGAAUCAUCAAGAUAAGUUUCUUGCUAGGGAAAAGGAGGUAGAAUCUUUCAAAAAGACUGUGGAGCAAAUGGAGAUUACUCUGAGAGAGAAACAGAGAGAGAUGAAGCAGCAAAACACAGAACGAGACUUACUUAAACACAGACUGGACCAGAAGACCCAGGAGCAAAGCUCUCUGCAGUCUGAUAUGUGCAAACUGAAGCUGUUGCAGCAGCAAACACUCCAGAGAGAACAGAAAGCUCAAUCAGAACUAAGACACACGCAGACAAGGCUUGAGAACAUCUGCAGUCAAAUCAUGAAACGUAUACUUGUCACUUCAGAAACAUUAUCAGAACAAGAGAUAUUGGACCAUUUAUCAACUUUAAGGAAACAGAAGGAAGAGAUUAACUCUAAGGUACAGGAAUUACAACAACAACUGCAAGAUCAUAAUGAGAACCAAAGGGUGAUGGAAGAAGAUACUGAGAAACUCAAGGCCAGACUUACUGAACUUCAGAGUAAUGUACAAAAGGUGUAUUUGGUGGAUUCCAUGCAGAGCCAAAUAUUCGCUCUCCAGGAUGAGAAUGUGUGUCCAUCAGUCAGCUGGGUUCAGACUCACACUCUCUCUAUACUGACCAGUCUGAACACACUGCUACAGGACAUAGCAGACAGACUGCUGACAAUGGGGGUUGAAGUAUCAGAGAAGACUGGAGGAGUCUCAGGUGCGGUAAAAACCUUGUGCCAGCAGCACCAAGAGAUCCAGUCACAACUCAAAAGGCUACAGGCAGAGAAGAAGCAGCUUGAAGAGAGGGAGGAUCCAGCUGAUGACAUACAGAUCAAACAGGAGACAAAGGAACAGGUGCAUCAGAAACUUCAGACAAAGAUGGAGGACACUAUAAAACUGCAUCUGGAGAAAAUGAGCACUGAGGUGGAGGCAGCUAGGAAAGCUGAAGCUGUUUUACGUUUGGGGCUGGAGACUCAGGAGGCAAAAUGGCUCCAAAAAUUGGAGGAAGCAGAGAGAAGAGAAACUGAACUGAGGGAAAAGGUUAGAGAAGUAGAGCUGCAGGAAGAGCAGUGGGGAAAGAAAAUGAAGGAGGAGAAGAUAAGAGAGGAUGAAUGGAAAAGAAGAGUAGAGGAGGCCUUGCAGAGAGGAACAGAGCAAGAAAGAGAAAGAACCAUUGUGGAGAUUGAGGAGUACAGGGAGCAGGUGCGGCAGCAUGCUCACACCAUCGUUGCCUUGGAGAAGCAAAUGAGCUUAGCACUACUGAAAGCGAGAGAGAUGGAGGAAGAGAGAGAUACCUUAACACAGCAGCUUACAGAAGCACUUAACAAGAUAGAGGAUGUCAAACCCAAUGUUUCAUUAGAGCAAACAGAAGAGCAGCAGCAACUGAAGCAGACAGUGAAAUCCUUAAGGGCAUCACUUGGAGUGUCCCAACAGGAAGUGGUCAGACAGGGUGAGGUCAUUGCUUCUCUCAGUCGUGACCUGUCCCAUGCCCAUGCUCGGCUCUCUGACCUCAAAGGAGAACUGAGUGAAGAGCAGAAAAUGGAGCUGGAGACACACAAAGCUUUAGUAGUGGACCAGAGAAUGCAACUGAGCAUGCUCACACAGAAGUUAACAGUAACCGCUGAGCUGCUUGACCAGAAAGAACAGGAGCUGAAGACACUGAGAGAGAAAUUAAUAGAAACAGAGGCAGAUAUGAGGAGAGAGAGGGAAGAGCAUGCAGACCUUCUUCCCCUAACAAUCUCACACACUAAGGAUGUGGGAAUAAUGGUUAGUCCAAGCCAAUUGUCUAAUGAGGUGUCCAAGUGCAAAGGUUGUCGUCAAGAAGAAAUCAUGCGUCAGGGCAAAGAAACCCUGAACGCAAUGAAAGAGAGGAUCAGUGCGGUAGAGGAGAAAUGGCAAUGCAAGGUAUUGGCCCAGCAGAGGGAGCCAAUGAGACAAGACCAAAAGAAGCAGGUUCAGAUGAAAGUUCAAAGGUUUAAGAGAUCUGCAGCACAAAUAGACUCCUAUCAAUCUGUGAGUGGCUUUGCCUUUCCUGAGGCACUGAGUGAAGCAGCACUGGAACGCACAGCAAGACUCGACUUGUCUGAUGCUUUGGAGCUAAGUGAGAGGACAUAUGUGGAUCUGGCACGUGCAUUGUGUGAAGCUCUUGAGCUGAGUGAGGGACAACUUUCAGGAUGUGUCCCUCUGAAACACCUGCCGCCAGGGAAGAGAGAGCACAUGGCCUCACUCAGACAGGAAGACCUGGAGCUGUUACGGAGCCAAAUUGCCUUGCAGAACAGCCAGAGCCAAAACAAAGACCUGCUACUGCAAGAGAGGCAAAGGGAAAUACAAACACUCAGGGACAACCAGGCCUUUGGGCAGCAGCUGCAGACUGAGCUGGAUAAUGUGCGUUCAGAGCUGGCUUCAUUGAAACUGGAGAGCAGUACACUACGCCAGACCCUUGAGGAAACACAGACCAAGCUACAGCACUGCAAUAACCACAGGAAGAGCACGGAAGGGAGAAGUAAAAGAAUUGGUCAUCAUAACUGUAUACCAGACAAUAAUUUUGGCAAGGUAGCAGUCAUGAAUAAGUCGAGGAAGCAGGAGAGGCAGCGUCAAGCAGAGGGUGAGAAGGAUGCCAUGAUGAACGAACCCAAAGAAGAGGAGAGCUGCAAAAUGGCUGCAAAGAUAGCUAGUGUGGCACAGCAACAACAGCUCACUGAGGCUCACUGAGGCUUUAGUCACAGGCACAGACUUUAGUUCAGGUUCAGUCUUUAAAAUUAAUGACAUUUUCUAUAAGACAUGCACUUGAAUCUCUGUGAAGUAAAUUGUGCUUGCCAAAACAAAUGGCAGUCACAGUAUCACAGUAGCCAAAAACAUUAUAAAUAUGAUGGCUGAGCAGUGCGUUCAGCCCAUUACGAAGUUUAUUCAUUAUUUUCCAAUAACAGUGCAUUCCAAGUCAUACCAAAAGCAACAUACCAACACUAAUAAUUAUUAUUUAUUAAAAAAAGAACGUAUUAAAUAAAAAUUACAUACUUUUUAUCUGUUUAUAGUAUUGUGAAACAUCUGCAAAAUUGAAUUUAAUGCAAUUUAAUUCCUGUGCAUGCUGUAAUCACAAUGAAUAACAGCUAUAACUAAUAGUUUCCUCAUCAGCCUGCCUUUUUUCUCUUUGCUGAAAUUAAAAUAAAACAAACUACAACUCGCUAUGUUACUGAAAACUGUUGUGCCUGGCAACUUUAUUGAACAGCUUUACAUUUGACUCCUUUCAUAAAUGGUAAAUAAAUGCCUCACAGAAACCUUUACACUAUCAGAAACCUUCCUAUUUAUGUUGUCAAUCAAUCGUAUAACUUCAGACUGUAAGUCAUUAUCUUAAUGCAUUGUAAAGUGAACUUUGGCUGAUCUCUUUACUUUGGCUGAUCUGUUUAGUGUGAACACUUAACAGCCAUUACAUUACAGGCUUUCAUACAGGCUUUCUCUGCUUUAUCUGCACUGUUUCUCUCAAAGUGACAAGAUUGUUGCACUUGCAGAUGGAGAGGAGUGUAAAAAUGAUGCAAUGCUAUUUGUUAGCCUCAGGCCAUUAGUCCUCUUUAGUGUCUUUGGUAAUAUAAAGUACACAAAUGCUUCAUGUUAAAAUAUAUAUUGUUCUAAUAUUCCAUAAUCUAUUUUCAACAAUAAAUGAGAAAAAAUGAAUGAGCAAGAAUGUUUAAGCUUUUGACUGUUAGUAUAUAUUAUGGUUUCUAUGAUUUAUAGUCUGACAAUAUAAUGCACAAAAUGUGGCAUGUACAUGAUUAGACAUACUACAACAAAUUUAAAUCAGUAAUAUUCUUAGGGGCAUUUGUAAAGCCUUGAAGAUGAUUUUAAAAUAAGAAAAUGUAAAAAUGGCAAAUAUUUGUUAAAUGUAUUACAUGGUAUUUUGCUCUUUAUAAGAAUAUAUUUCUGUUGUUUAAGGUCUAACUUUUACUGCAGUCAGAAACUCUCUGUCUAUACUGAUGGCCCUGAAGGAAAUCACAGUAUUUCUGAUACACCAUCCCAAAAGCCAACACUAUCAUAAUGACUCACUGCUCUGGAAUCCUGAAGUGGCCUUGUCAAGGGUGCAUGAUUUCCAAAUAUUGUGACUGAAUCUUACUUUAUUAAAGCAUAUAAUGCCUUAAAAACCCCUUUUAAGCCCUGUUUAAAAGUUGUUGUUUUUUUUUUUUGACAAAUUAAAUUGUGUACAAAAAACUUCAAUAUUCAUGUAAUUUGAAUGGAAAACAAAGUAAGAAAGUACAAGGCAUUUUCUGUCAACACUUGUCUUUGACUUUGGCUGUUUCCACAGUCUUCUCAUUACUUUUUCCAAUGUUAGAAAGCUUCCAAAGCUUUCUCUAUAAUCAUCUCUAUAAUGUAAUCUUUAACAUUUCUAACUUUUAUUUAAUCUGUGAUAUAUUUAAUUGAGUGAUUUAUUUGGGUGCUUUUACCACCUGUGUCAACUUUACAUCUACAAUAAUUCCAGCUUUAUCUUAAACUCUCCAGACCAAGAACAGAAGAUAAUUUUUCUUUUUGUCGUCUUUUAACCGUAUUGUAUUUUUAAGUGCAAAGUCCAGCGACUUUAUCAUCUCUGUCAGUAUCUGUCUGUCACGUAGUUUGUUGCUUGUGAUGAAUGAGUGUUGUAUAGCAUACUAAAAAAGAGGAAUUACUUCUGUACCAUAAAGAUGUAUUGCUUCCGUCCCAUUAUAAUACAACACAACACUACCAUGGUAGCUGUUACAUGUAGGAUUGUAUACAUAGAGUUGCAAAGCAAACGUGUUCAGUCUUUUGGUUAUUUCCUGUGUUUCUUUCCCAUGACAUGAUGAAUGUUAUGGUGUCACCCCUUAUUGACCCAGGUUUGUCUUGUAGGGGAAGAGAAACAGAUGGUUAUGUUACAUUUAUAUUCACUCCUCAAGUCACAAGUCAGUAGUCUGGUCAGUGCUUUAUAGUAGUAAAGUGUAGUUUUGGUGUAAUGUCUUUCUUUUAGCAGAUCUUAGAUGAAACAUAAAUUAUAUAAAAAAGUGAAAAACUGAACAUAAACAACCAUUGCAUGAUGAUCUCCACCAUCUACAGUAUGUUAACUAAAUACAUAUUUUAUGUAAUAUUUUAUUUAUAAAAUAUAUUUUCAUAUAUUUUACAUAGUUUAUCAUUUUUAUUUAUCUACCUCCUUUUGGUU